GCCAGGAAGACAUGGGAUGAAAUACUGAAGAACAACCCUCAGGAAUUUCAACCUUUCAGGUGAGAUGAGAGAGGACCGACACACCUGGCACCUGGAAGUACUCAAGAAGAUGUGGUUGUGUAAAGUACCCAUGGUGGGUACCAUGUGAAAGUCCCUGCGUGGAGACGGGUAGUAGCACUUAUGCAGCAACGUGUAAACGUGCUUUGUGUGGUCCAUGUAAAAGCAUCUGUGUUGUGCCGCAUAAGAGCAUCCAGCACACUGUGUAAAGUGGUUGGCAUCAGGAAGGGCAUCCAACGGUAGAAACCAUACCAAAUCAGACUGGAUUUCCCCACCCCCCACCUGCUCAUGCUAGCAUGGACAAUGGACAUUAAGUGGUGAUGAUUAAAAAUAAAAAAGAUUAUCCUCUUCUUUACUUUCAGAACAUCGGAUGACAUUGACAUCACAGAAGAAACAUCCUCAAUAUUUACCGUUUUGUUAAAGACUAAAGCAAAAUAUUAUACAAAACUGAUGUAUAACAUUGUUUCUACAAAUCUGUUGUAGAAUUGCUGUGAAACAUUUGCUCUGAAAUAAUACUAUUAGCCAAGUUUGUGAACAUCACUGACUGGAGUGUCUAAAAGAGGAGCCCCUCUGCUGGUGAAACUUAACAGAAUUUAUGUAAUUGCUGCUAAACAAAGACAUGGACAUCAAUGAGAUCAUGAAAAAAAUUUUUUCUGGUGACAUUGAAGCAGUGAAAAUCUUCAUAACUGAGCAUCCAGAUGAAAUAAACCAAACUGACUCAGAUGGCAAAACCUGCCUCAUGACUGCCUGUAAAUGGGGCUACACAGACCUGAUAAACUUAUUGAUAGAUUCUGGAGCUCAUCUGGACACGCGAGACAACAUAUAUCGCCGCACAGCUUUGCAUUAUGCUGUCUCUGGGCGUCAACUUCAAGCUGUGACGAUCUUAAAAUCCCGCGGGAGUGACGUGAACGUGAAGGACAGAUAUGGUGACACUCCUCUCCAUUUGGCAGCGUGGAGGGGGAAAGAAUGCAAAGAUAUUGUGGCAACGUUAUUACAGACAAAAGGAGAGAGUGUGCUUGAGGUCAAUCAACGAGAUGACUUUGGUCGCACACCGCUACACAACGCAUGCCUCUCUAGUCAAACCGACACGGUUGGCCUGUUGUUGAAUCACGUUGGCAUCGACGUCAAUGUGGUCGACGACCAUGGAAACACACCUCUACACUUCGCAGUUCAUUUCCAACGCUCUGAUGUGGUCACUCUGAUACUGUCCCAGGACUCAUUGAAAUUAGAAGUCAAGAACGAUGAUAACAGGACCCCAUUGCUUGAAGCUGUCAUUCAAGGGCACCUCGGAAUAAUGCAAAAAUUGAUAACUAAGGGUGCAAAGAUAAAUGCAGUCGAUAAUGAAGGCAAUAAUUGUCUGCACCUCUCUAUCAAAAGAAAUGUAUUUCAUUCCGAGGAGGAACACAUUGACCUUUUAGAUGAGUGCUGCAAUGAACUGAGAACAGAAAAAAGGCUCUCUGGUGUGGCGAUUGCUAAUUAUUUAGCCCGCCUGGGAGGCGACUUUCACUGCAAAAACACAGACUGUUUCACUCCACUGGACCUCCUUCAAAAAGCAGAUUUGAAAGAGAAAUUUAAAAGAGCAUUCCCAUUACAAUGUGUGUUUUGUGAAGACGAAGUGGCCACAGAGAAGUUUCUUCCGUGUAAACAUCUGUUGUUAUGUAAGAAAUGCUCUCCCCGAAAGAUGCCUAAACGAUGCCCUAUGUGUGGCCAGAAUAUAACGAGCAAAAGUAGUUUGGUUGGUCGGCAGUCAUCGAAGAGGGAAGUCCAGGUGUUGGCAGACUCAGUGGUGUCUCAAAUGUUUGAGGACAAGGGUGUACAAACUGAUCCCCUGUCAUCGCAGUCUACAUCCCAGCAAGGUGAGUCUGUAAACCUGGGUGAGGAACAUCUUCAUAGUGUAGCAAAGAACUUAGGGAGUAAAUGGCAGCAACUUGGAAGGGAAUUGAGAAUCAAACAAGUGGACCUGGAUGUUAUCAAAUACAAUUACUCCAAUGAUGUUGUGGAACAGAGCUUCCAGAUGUUGUAUAAAUGGUUUACAAGCUGUGAUCCACCGAAACGCACACUUGGAACUUUAAAGGAUGCUCUUAAUAAAACGGAAUGUUUCGAUGCACUUGAACAUCUGUCAAUAGACGUAAAUUGAAUUUCUGUAGAAAACGGUGCUAUCGUUCCGUCUUGAUUCUACCUUCGACAAACAGAGACCUAUGUUCAAAUGCUUUCCACCCAGGACCAUCCUGUUUUUGUUUUUCCUAAGCAUAGACAACCCAUAACCACAUUGUAUAAUGUGUCCUUCUUUAAGUUGUGAAUCGAGUAGGAUUCGGCUGUUUGAAGCUGUUUGACAAUUUCAGGAGAGUGCAAAGUAAAAAUCGCAAGUGUAAAAAAUACGAAUCUUUUAGGUAUUUGACGAAAAUUGAAUCAGUGAUAUGGAGAAAUGUUCGCUAUUUAUUGGUAAUUCGUUAUAAGCACUUCGAUAUAUUAUUUACAUUAAAUCAUAUUUGGAAAUCUUCACAGAAUGAGCAGUAAUACAAAUUUUAUU